GGCUGCCGGGGGGAAGCGGCGCGGAGCGGCGGCGGCGGCGGCCCCUCGCCGGGCCGGGCCGGGCCGGGCCGGGCCGGGCGGUAGGAGCGGGGCGGCGGCGGCGUCGUCCCCGGAGCGGCGCGGACCAUGCUGCUGGACGCCGGCCCGCAGUUCCCGGCCCUCGGCGUGGGCACCUUCGCCCGGCACCAUCACUCGGCCGCGGCGGAGAUGCAGGACCGGGAGCUGAGCUUGGCGGCGCAGAACAGCUUCGUGGACUCGGCGGCGGCGGCGGCUCACAUGGGCGCCUUCAAGCUCAACGCCGGCGCCCACGACCUCUCGCCCGGGCAGAGCUCGGCGUUCACCUCGCAGGCGCCCGGCUACCCCGCCGCCGCCCUGGGGCCCCACGCCGCCCACGUCGGCUCCUACUCCGGGGCGCCUUUCAACUCCACCCGGGACUUCUUGUUUCGCAGCCGCGGCUUCGGGGAUUCCUCGCCGGCCGGCGGGCAGCACGGCAUCUUCGGCCCUGCGGCCGGCAGCCUGCACCACCCGCACACGGACGCUCAGAGCCACCUCCUCUUCCCGGGCAUCCACGACCAGCACGGCCCCCACGCCUCCCAAAACGUCCUCAACGGGCAGAUGCGCCUGGGCUUGCCGGGGGAGGUGUUCGCCCGGUCGGAUCAGUACCGCCAGGUCUCCAGCCCCAGGACUGACCCUUACUCGGCGGCUCAGCUGCACAACCAGUACGGCCCCAUGAAUAUGAAUAUGGGCAUGAACAUGGCAGCCCACCACCACCACCACCCAGGUGCCUUUUUCCGCUACAUGCGGCAGCAGUGCAUCAAGCAAGAGCUCAUCUGCAAGUGGAUCGACCCCGAGCAGCUGAACAACCCCAAAAAAAGUUGCAAUAAAACUUUCAGCACCAUGCACGAGUUGGUCACCCACGUCUCGGUGGAGCACGUUGGGGGACCCGAGCAGAGCAACCAUGUCUGCUACUGGGAGGAGUGUCCCCGCGAAGGCAAGCCCUUCAAAGCGAAAUACAAACUGGUCAAUCAUAUCCGAGUGCACACGGGAGAGAAGCCCUUCCCCUGCCCCUUCCCCGGCUGCGGAAAAGUUUUCGCCAGAUCGGAAAACCUCAAAAUUCACAAAAGGACGCACACAGGGGAGAAGCCCUUCCAGUGCGAGUUCGAAGGCUGCGACCGGCGCUUCGCCAACAGCAGCGACCGCAAGAAGCACAUGCACGUCCACACCUCGGACAAGCCCUACCUGUGCAAGAUGUGCGACAAGUCCUACACCCACCCCAGCUCCCUGAGGAAGCACAUGAAGGUCCACGAGUCGUCCCCGCAAGGCUCCGAGUCCUCCCCGGCCGCCAGCUCCGGCUACGAAUCCUCCACCCCCCCGGGGCUGGUGUCCCCCAGCGCCGAGUCGCAGACCACCAGCAACCUCUCCCCGGCGGCGGCGGCGGCGGCGGCGGCGGCGGCGGCAGCGGCGGCGGCCGUGUCCGCCGUGCACCGGGGCGGCGGCGGAGGAGGCGGCGGCGGCGGCGGAGGCGGCGGCGGCGGCGGCGGCGGCGGCAGCGGCGGCGGCGGCCACAGCGGCCUCUCCUCCAACUUCAACGAGUGGUACGUGUAGGGCCCCGCCGGACUGCUCUGCACGGCCCCGCCGCGGCCCCCCCCCGUCCCGUCCCGUGUCCCCGUCCCGUCCCGUCCCGUCCCCUCCCCGCCCCGGCGGCGGCGGGCAGGAGGGAGCGAGCCCGCCGGAGACGAGCCGGGAGAUGCCGCCGCACCCGCCGGCAGCGAAAUGACGGCCGAGCAGGAUGGGGACGGGGGGACCUUUAGCCCCCCACAUCCCGCCUUCGGGUGUUUUUUUGUUGGAAUUUUUUUUUCUCCUUUUUUUUUUUUUUUCCCCUCCUUUUUGAGAACAUUUUGAACCAGCAAAAACAACAACAACAACAGUCUCUCAAAGUACGUGCUGAAAAACGUAAGAGAAUGAGUAAAUAAAGAGAGGAACGGAAAGGGGAGAGAGAAAGGGGAAAAAAAAAAACAACAACCCCGAACGCCACCAACGCACCACCCAGCAAAAA